AUGGCUGUCUACAUGAAGAUAGAUCUCCAUUUUGCCGGAAUUUUUUCGAGGUACCCCGCUAUUUGUUACUCAGAUGGUGCAGAACAAAUGUUCGAUGAUGUCGAUUUUGCUGUAAUGGACAAGAACGAGUUUGUGGGGUUCAUUCAAAGAUUCGCUAAUGAGGUAUGCAUCAAUGUUUACUUUUGCAUGCCCGAUGUGGUGUUCCCUGAUGGAUUGAGGUUAAUAGCUACUAAUAUAGACUAUAUGGACUUCAUUGAAGUAGGAUAUGCUUCUGGUAGUGUUAUUAAUGUAUACAUGGACCAUCUUGGUGUUAAUGUACAUCAAUGGAUCCUUGAGGAGCAAGGCGAAAUAUGCAGUUCAUUAGAUGAAUUAUCUGAUAGAAUUGAAGUUGGUGAAGAAGUUCAAGGUGGUAUAGAUAUGGAUGAUGGAAUUGAAAUUGAGGAUCUGUUGGGUCAUAGGCAAGGUGUUACGGAGGAUUUGCAAGGCACUAGGGAAGAGUUGCAAGAUGGGGAAGGUGAUGACAUUAACAUUGAAGUUGAGAAUGAUGAAGGUGAUAUGGAGGAUCUGCAAGGUAGUACGGAGGAUUGGCAAGGUAAGGAAGAUGAUGGCAUUGACUUGGAAGUUGACAAUGAACCUGAUGAAUUCGAUGAUGAAGUAAUAUCUAAUGAGCAAGCUAUUUAUAAUGACAAUGUUCAUUGGAAAAAACAGAAGCCUGUAUUAGGUAUGAGAUUUGUGAACGCUAAACAACUGAAACACAUGUUGUGUAACUAUGCUGUUGCAAAUGGUUAUCAGUUAUGCUACAAGAAAAAUGAUAGCAGGAGACUUUUAGUGAAAUGUUGUUCCGGUGCUUGCAAGUUUAGAUUGUGGGCAUCUUGGAUGAGUGAUGAAAAAUCUUUCCAAAUUAAGAGUAUCAUAAAUGAGCAUAACUGUGCAAGAAACUUCAAAUUAGGUUCAAUUGUUAAAUAUGCUUGGAUAGGUACCCAUUACACCACCCAAUUCUUACAGAAACAAAAAGUUAGUGUUAGGCUCCUUGGGGAUGAGGUUAAAGAGAAUUUUGGGAUAGAUGUAAGUAUGGGACAGUGUAGAAGAGCUAAGAAGUAUGCAAUUGAGUUGAUUGAGGGAACAUUAGUGGAUCACUAUGCAAAGCUAUGGUCAUAUGGUGAGGAGAUAAGAAGAUCAAAUCCUGGAUCAACAGUCAAAAUAAAUGUCAAUGCUAUGCCAGAUGGAGAGCUAAUUGUUGUUGUAGGAAGGGAUGCUAAUAAUCACAUAUUCCCAAUUGCAUGGGCAGUUGUAUGUGUAGAAAACAAAGCAAAUAGGAAAUGGUUCUUGGAAAAUCUAAAAGAUGACCUUCAUCUAGAGGAUGGUUUUGGUUUAUCAUUGAUGUCAGAUCAACACAAGGGGUUGUUAGAGGCUGUUAAGGAAGUGCUUCCCAUUGCUGAACAUAGGCAAUGUGCAAGGCAUAUUGUAGCCAACUUUAGGAAAAGAUUUAGUGGUGUACACUAUGAGAACAUGUUUUGGAAGGAAAGCAAAGCAUCCACUGAGCCUUUAUUCAAUGCUGCCAUGAAGGAAAUUCAAGUACUUAAUCCUGCAACCUAUGAUUACCUUAUGGAAACAAACCCAAAAUCUUGGAGUAGAGCAUUCUUUCAAGAAGGAAAGAUGUGUGAUGCAGUGGAAAAUAGAUUGUCUGAGAGCUUUAAUAGUGUCAUCAGGGAUGCAAGGAAAAAGCCAAUCAUCACCAUGUUAGAGGAGAUUAGACUAUAUGUUAUGGAGAGGCUGUACAAUUUGAAGAUGAAAGGUUGUUCAUGGCCUGAUUACAAACCUUGCCCAUCAAUAAUACUCCUACUAAAUAAAUUGAAAAGAGCUCAAAGGUAUUGGCAGGUUUUACCAAGUGGUCUUAACCAAUUUGAAACCAGAAACCUGGCAGAAUCAUAUGUUGUUAACCUUGACAAGAAGACUUGUACUUGUAGAGUAUGGCAACUUAAUGGGUAUGGUUGUGUGCACUCAGUAGCUACUAUAUCAUAUUUGAAUAGAGAUGUAGCCACUUAUGUUGAUCCAAUGUUGUAUGUUGCCUUCUACAAGAACACUUACAAAUACCAUAUACAUGGGAUGAAUGGCAACAACAUGUGGACCAACUAG